AUGGCUUUGGAAAUCACAACGCCAAAUCCUGGAGAGCCUGGAACCUGGCUUUCCUUCGAUCACCCGUCGUCGCAAUGGAUAAGAAACAGCCACCGCGCCGCAGACUUGUAUGACAAGGGGAUCAAGUUCUAUCGGAAGGAGGAUCUCGUGAACAUCGAAAAGGAGGUCUCCGAAUACUACGUUCGGGAGUUCUUCAACCUUCCGCGCAUUGACUGGACUGUUCUGCGCAUGCGAAAUCCUCUUCACGGCGUCCUCAAGCCAAUCUGGCGAGUUUCACCCGGCAUGUUCGAGCGGGCAGCCAGUGAGGAUGGUUGCUCGCGGGGCUAA